CAUUUGAUUAGAAGAGUGGAUUUUUUUUCUUUUAAGGGACCAAACGCCCUCAUCUUCAACUUUUAUUCACCAUUCACCGCUGUCAGUUUAGUCCAUCCUUUUUCGGGCACAACACCAUCGUUUUAAUACCGUUACGACAAGUAAACUUAAUUGCCUCGUCAAUUUCGUAGCGGUACGGGUUUAAAUCUUAAGUGCGGUUUUCCGGUGCUUUUACCUUUCUUUUUUUUGGUGGGUAACGUUUUUACGGGAUUUGGCAUCUCGAUCCGGAUCUCCGACCGGCGUCAAAAAUCAGCGCAAGAAACAUUCAUUUUCGCGAAUCGCGCCUGACCAACCCACCUCAACCGAAUUUAAUCUCUCAUCUAUAGAAGUUAUCGCCAUCCCCGCGGAGGAUUCUUCUACCUUUUGUUGACCCUACUUCUAUUGGUAAUUGUCUUGCAAUUAGAGAUGAAGGUCUUUUCCAACUCGCACACAUUCAACUACUCGUGGGAAGAAGUAUCGACCGCCAACUGGCGCAAGUACUGCCCCUGGAACGACAAGUCUACCCACGUUAUCGCCGUCGAUACCCUCAACCGAGAAGUCGACCCAGCCACCGGUAUCCUACGAACAGAACGUCUUAUCACGUGCAAGCAAUCAGCACCAGAAUGGCUCAAGUCAAUGAUGGGAUGCAUGGAGACAAGUCAAGUCUUUGAGACUUCCUACGUCGACCCGGUCGCGAAAACCGUCACCAUGGUAUCCCAGAACGUCACAUGGGCAAAUCUCGUCAAUGUUCAAGAGACGGUAGUCUAUCGUCCCCUAGAUGCGCACAAGACACAGUUCGAACAAGACGCAAGGAUAACAGCAUUAUGCGGAGGCUGGCAAAAGAUAAAGAACAGCAUCGAGGACACCUUAGUCACACGAUUCAAGGAAAACGCGAUGAAGGGUAAGGAGGGCUUCGAGUGUGUCUUAGCCAUGAGCCGACGAGUCUUUGCGGAGGAACGGGAAAGAGAGAGGCUCAUGAGCGAAGCCAAGAUGAUGGCAUAGGUGUCACCUCAGCCCGGCCAGUUAUAUAUACAUUUCCCCAUCCGUCACGAACAAACAACAACGUUCCGCGAGGACUACGACGAAUCGGACAGACGACGUACAAACCAAUAGCAUUUUCAGGAGUCUUCUAGAGGGUGGCAGACCCAUUUUGUUUCGACCAAAAAAAGCACGGCGUUUCGGCAUACCCAAUGAGAUUGUGUUGCAUAGAAAAAGGUGAAUAGAGUUGCUAGUUUACUGGCACGGUUUUGCGUCUUCACUCUUUAGUAAAGACAGAUGCUAGACUUAGAGAUAGAUCUGAUUCUACAUAGAAGAGAUAGGGUGUAGUUAAUCAAUCACUCCUCCCAUUGAGACUA